CAGUGCUGCUGCCUUUCCAACUCGACUUCCGCAGAGUGAGGCCUUCGCAAGACAUGUUCUCACACGUGUCGUCUUCUCUUUGACUUUUCUUUACUCCGUCCCCAGUCGGCCAGUCCUCAUCUUUCAUGUUUUGAAGCUCUACUCUAGAUUGUUGGGUAGAGAUGGCGAAAAUUUCUCGCAUUACAGUGAAUCUUCUGCUGUCUCUCUUUGCGCUUUGAUGUCAUUAGAUGUCGGGUCGCCAUGAAAGGCGAAAAGAAGAUGGUUUUGAAGUCUAGGAUGAAAUGGGUUGGUCUGGUUGGGCUUGUUCUCUCUGCCUUCUCUCUGUUUACUCAUUUUCUGCUCGCUAGAUACACCGGGAGGAGCAUUUCUGUUUACGAGCCUUCCAUUACUAUCUUCCAGUGGAGACCCAUAUUCGAUAACGCGGAUCUUGCUAGAAGUGGCCCAAUGUAUAGAAGGUUAUGGGGUCCUGUAAGGCAUCUUGAGUCUCUACUUCCACAUGCAAAUCCAAGAAGAAACUAUGAAGCUCCAGGAUUACAAACCAAUGGCUUUAUCUUUGUGCGCAUACUAGGAGGUUUCCAUGAAAUCAGGAAUUCGAUUUGUGAUGUUGUUGUGGUUGCUCGGCUUCUGAAUGCUACCUUAGUUAUUCCGGAGAUUCAAUCAACCACGAGUAGCAAGGGAAUCAGUUCUAAUUUCAAGAGCUUUGCCUACCUUUACAAUGAAGACCAAUUCACAGCUGCAUUAGUGAAGGAUGUUAAAGUUGUGAAAACCCUGCCUAAAAAUCUCAAAACAGCAAGAAGGAAAAAAGAGAUACCUGUGUUUAGGGUUCCUCACUCAGCUUCUCCAGAUUUCUAUCUCCACAAUGUUCUCCCAGUACUAAAACGGCAUUUAGUGAUUGAACUUGUUGUGUCAGAUGGUGGUUGCUUGCAGGCCAUUCUUCCACCCCAUCUUGAAGAGCACCAGAGGCUGAGAUGUAGAGUUGCUUUUCAUGCUCUUAGGUUUCGACAUGAGGUCCAAGAACUUGCAACUAAAAUUCUAAAUAGGAUACGAUUUUCUGGACGACCAUAUAUAGCCUUUUAUCCUGGGAUUACUAGAGAUGCCUUAGCAUAUCAUGGUUGUUCUGAGCUCUUCCAGGACGUCCUUACUGAACUCAUUCAGCAUAGAAGGUCAUGGAUGAUUAAACGUGGGAUUGUCAAGGGGAACCUUUCCAUUGAUUCUGCCAAACAACGUCUUAAUGGCUUAUGUCCACUGAUGCCGGAAGAGGUUGGCAUUCUUCUUCGUGCAUAUGGGUAUUCAUCAGACACAAUAAUAUAUGUCUCUGGGGGAGAAGUAUUUGGUGGCCAGAGGGUAUUGAUUCCUCUUCAUGCCAUGUUUGAGAAUGUUGUUGACAGAACAUCCCUAAGUACUAUCAGUGAAUUAAAUAGAAUUUAUGGGCAUGAGGUUAGCCUGGUUAGCACUUCUCAGCCUGCCCCACCUAUUGAAGAAGAAGCAAAACUUGAAGCAUGGAAAACCUCAGGUCCUCGUCCUCGGCCACUGCCACCACCUCCAGCCAGGCCUAAAUAUCCAUACAACAUUGAAGGCUGGUGGGGUUGGGUAGCUGAGAGUGAUAAUGAGCCUGAAAGUACAAUUAUGGAGUUGAGAAUCAAUGCUCAUAAACUACUAUGGGAAGCAGUUGAUUAUUUGAUUUGUAUUGAAGCUGAUGUUUUCAUCCCUGGAUUUGAUCGGGAUGGCAGGGGACGUCCAAAUUUUGCAAGCUUGGUAACAGGCCACAGGCUCUAUCAGUCAGCUGCAUCUAAAACAUACAGACCUGACAGAAAAGAAGUUGCCAAGCUUUUAGAUGAAAACCGGGACCAUCUAUAUCAGGCAAACCAAACUUGGUUGACAUCAAUACGCAAGCAUCUCAACAAAACCUUAUUUGACGGACUAACCGAGGCAUCCACAAAAUUGAAACCACUCUCUUUUCUCUCACAUCCAGUCCCAGAAUGUUCAUGCUGGAGGCAUGAUAAUUUAGAAGAAUCAACUCAUGGUAGAGAUCUUUCAAUUCACGAACUUCAGGCUGCCCUGGGAAUAGAAUAUCGUUGCCCUUCUUGGAUGGACAAUAAAGUGGUUUCAUUGUCACCAAAGGACAAGGCAACUGAAGAGGACCUUGAUGAAGAUAUUGUGUCGGGAAUGUUUUUUCGGCAUGGCAAUGGUGACCAUGGAAUUGGUGGGGGAGAAACAAAUACCAAAGAAGAAACCCAAAUGGAGGAUCAAGAAGAACUUGAUGGUGGAGAAAGAUAAUAUCUUAAAUGGGUUUCUCAAAGUGUCCAUUAAAAAAAAGUAAGUUCCUAUAGUGUUAGGCUUUGUUUGCAGCCAUGUACAUAUGGAUCGAUUUCAUUUCCUGGAUCAAGAGCCUGGGAAGGUUGGAGAUCGUCUGGGUUUUUUAUUACAGCAGGUUAGAGAAAGCUGGGUCUAACUUUAGGCCAACCAUUCAGUGACUGGGCUGCGGCGCAUAGCAUUUGCCCAAGUCUGCUCUGCCAAGUCAGCUCAGAUAGAUAUAAAAGCUCUCUUCAUUAGUAUUGGGCUCUGUAACUUAGUCAAAUUUUCUUUGUGGCCUAAGAAAGUUUUGUUGAAUUUUCCAUAAUCAAUUUUGUUGUAAGCUUAAAUGCCUUUAAUGGAAAACACAAAUUUUAACCUCUA